AUGCCGCAGCCGCUGCCGACGCCCGGCGACGACGCGCCUUCCUCGACCAGCGAGGCGGUGGAAGCGCUGGCGCGGGCCUUGGAGAGCAUGAGCGGCGAGUGGGACGAGCCCGAGUGGCGAGGAGGUAGUCUCGGUGACCUGGGUGCCGGCCAGGCCUUGCACGGGGACUGGGAUGCGGCGGAGGCGGAGGACGAGGGUAAUGGCAACGUUGCGACGGGCCCGGCCUGGCUGCCUUCCUCCCUCGGCAACGCACAAGGGCUGAACUUCACAGCCCUGCUGACGGGUUUGGACGACGACCCCCUGGCCGCCCUGACGGCAGCAGUAGAGGAGGACAGGCCCAGGUUCGCGCCCAGCGCAGAGUGGCAGGCCGCCAUGGGUGCAUCACAGGCGGAUGAGGACGCGGGGGAGCUGGUGACGACAGACGCUGCCUCCGGCGGACCCCCAUCGCCCCGGGGAGGAGCUGCGAGCCUGCGGGCGGGGGCGGGGACCGAGGAUGCCGCCUCCCCCGCCUCUUCCAACAGAGCUGGCGCCUCCUCGGGGCAAGGGGCGACUGCCGCGUCUGAGGACAGCGAGGACACGUCCAUCCCCUGCGCAGGUGAGGGGGGGAGCUCAGAUGAGGCGGAGGUGACGGAUCACAACCCCGGCAGCGGUCAGCCAGGGCCUGCCGACCAGCCCUCCGCCGCCUUCCAAAGGCUGCGCCCCCUCUGCACCGCGCUGCUGGGUGCCGGGAGCAACCCUCAGGCCCUGGCAGGCCACCUGCAAGACCUGCAUGCGGUGCUGGAGUCCCUGGGUGACGCAGAGCUGGGCCCCUGCGUGGCCUACGUGCUCUUCCCCCUGCUCAUCCUGCUCGACGCAGCGGCGCAGGAGGGCGGGGCUGGGGCCGCGCCACGCGGCCAGGGUUCCUGGCGCGCCACUGAGCGAUGCCUGGCCUGCGUGCUCUCCGCCCUGCGCGGCGCGGCGGGGUCGGCGCAGACGCCUGGCGCGGUGCUGCCGCGCCUUGCGGCAGUGCUUGGCCUGCCGGAAGUCACCGAGGAGGCCUCCCGCCUGGCCUGCGAGGCCAUCCUGCUUUCACUGAGGGACCAGACCUCUGGCCCAGCCAGCGUGCUGGCGUCGCGGGAGGCGGCACCCCUGACGGGCCACCUCUUCUCCUCACUCCUCCACGUGGUGGCCGCGCAGAUGCGGGCUGGGAGCGGCGGCAGCCGAGCCCUCGUGGCACUUGCGCUGCAGGCCCUGGGGUGCGGCAUCCGCCGGGUGGCCGACGCCGACGUCCUCGCCUUCUUCCUCCCAGGCAUCGCGUCGGGGCUGGCCAACGCGCUAUCGGGUGGCCGGAGCAGCAACCCCUCCUCCGCAGGCCCUGGAUCCAGGGCAAACAUGGCUGCGCUGGAUGCCCUGACCCGCCUCGUCUGUGCGACGCUGGGGGACGGGGAGGGAGCGGUGUCGGGGACCGUAGGCGACAAACGGACAGGUGCAGCGCCGCCUACGGCCGCCAGCGCCCUGAAGCAGCUGCGGGCGCUGGCGGCGGGGGCGCAAGGCUGGCCCUGCCUCCCAGAUGCGGAGCCGGGAUCGGACGCAGAAGGCGCUCUGGACCCGCCCCCCGGGUCCCCUGCCUCGCCGGCGCAACUUGAUCCAGAAGACCCGAUCCUGUGGGUGGAAAGAACCGCGGCGUGGCGCGCCGACGCCGCUGGGAAGCUGGGUGGCCUGCUGGCGACCACCCUGCCGCGGCUGGCGGCUGCGCAGCAGAGCCCCGCCACCCGAGCGGCCGUGGCGCGAGCCGCGGCGAACCUUCUCAAAUGCUGCAGUUCCACCCUGGGCGCCGCCACGGCCGACCUGCUCCUCGGCGUCCUUGGAGUCGCCGCCCAGGACGCCUGGCCGGAGGUAGCCGCGCCUGCCCGCGCCGCGCUGCAGGCAUGGGCAGGCCAGUGCAUCGCCUCGCAUGGCUUGGGCCCCGACCCCCUCCUCGCCAAGGUCCUUGACUUGCUGCGGGGACUUCCCGAGGCCUUCCACCGCGGCAGCCACCCGGGGACCCAAGCCUGCUUGCUGCUCACCAGCUGCCUGCAGGUCGCGCCGGAGGGCUGGAUGGAACGGUGCCUGCUGAGCCGGCCCGACCAUCUCGCCGCUGUGCACGCUGCGCUACACGGCGUGCUGGAGGUCGACGCGCAGGUGGCAGAGCUGAGUGAGGUGCCUGAACCCCGCGAGGCGCGGACGGCGCCGGGCGAGGUGGGCGAGGCUCCGGAGUACCCAUCGCCUCACGCGGGCUCGAGCCCGCACCACGACGCCGGGGUCAGCGUGCGCAUGGCCCCCGCACUCGUGCACGUGACCACCGAGGCUGCGUGGCGGGCGGUGGCGAGCCUGUGCGGCGCCCUGGGGUCAGCCGCGGGCCGGAGCCGGGCCGGCCUGGAGCGGCUGCUGGAGCCGUGCCUGGAAAGCGCGGGGCGGAGGGCGGGCGCCGAUGCGACGGAGUCGUGCCGGGCCCUGACCCUGGCGGCCGCCUUCCUGGCCGGCACAGCGCCGCAGCCCGGGGAGGAAGGCGCGGCGCGGCACGAGGCGCUGGCCCUGGCCGCCGUGCUGGUGCUCGCCGACUCGGCGCCCUGGGAGGCGGGGGGCAGCUUGGGCGAGGCCCUACCCCGAGGGGCUGGCGUCGCCGCACUCCGCCUCUGCUCCGCCUGGGACCUGGUGGCGGUGCUGGCCGCGGUGCAGGGCCCACGCUUUGCACGCCGCGGCGCCGCCCUGCGCCCCAUCCUGCUGCCCCUCUUCGAGAGCCUGGAGUCGCCCAGCGGGCUGGUAGCGGAGGCGGCGGGCCUGGCGCUCUCGGCGCUGGUGCGGCACGGGCGGUACGAUGCGGCUGGCCCCGGCGACCUGGUCUCGCAGAACGCAGACUACAUCGUGGACGGCCUGUGCCGCCAGCUGCGCCAGCCGGCGCGCCACCCACGUGCGCCCGCUCUUUUCGCCGCGCUGCUGAAGCAGACGGGGGUGCCGCAGAUGCUGCUGCCCCUGCUGGCCGAGCCGCUGCGCGUGGCUUUACAGGGCUUGAGCGUCAUGCUGCGGGCCGCGGCUCCGCAGCACACGCUGUCCUUCUUAUCCACGCUGCGCGAGGCGCUGCGCGGCGCUGCCUCGCUGGCGCGGGAGGCGAGGACGGGUGCCGAGGCGCUGGCGGCCGAGGUGGCGGAGGCCUGGGAAGCGGCACGGUCAGAUGCAGCGCGAGAGGAGGAGGCCGAGGACGGCGAGGAGGGCUCCGGGUACGAGGCCGCGCGCGCCUACUUCACGCGCAGGGCAGAAGAGCAUGCGGGCGUCGACGGUCACCCUGCGGCCCCCGAACCGCUGCAGGUCCCGCUUUCCGAGCGGCAGCUGGCUGCGCUGCGCGCGCUGCGGGGCCAGGCCCACGCCGCCGCCUCGCUGGCCGCGCCCGCGUCCGACGCAGCGGGCGUGCUGGCGGCGUCGGCGUCGCUGGCGGUGGCCACCGCCGCGCUUUCCACCUGCCUCGCGGCGCUGGCCGCGCUGGCCGAGGCCGGCGCGGCGCUGGCCGCGCUGGAGGUCGUGCUGGCCCUGGACGACUGGCGCGUGCCAGUGGUGGAGGCCGCCCUCGACUCGCUGGCGGCCCUGCUCAAGCUGGGCGGCUCCUUCCUCCUGCGCCGCUUCGGCAAGGAGGCCGCGCCGCGCCUGCGCCGCCUGCUGGCGGAUGGGGCGGCGUUCAUGGGCCUGGCCGCACUGGACAAACCGGCUGCCACACGGCUGCUCCAGGCUGCACUCUCGCGCCCCGACGACCCUGCUGUCGACGCCCCCCCGGGGCUGCUGGCGUGCCGCCCUGCCAAGCUGGAGGCCAUGCUCAGGGCGGUGGAGAGGCAGGGCCUGGAGGAACCGGCUGCGGCCUGA